CCAAGGUCACUGUGCUGGGCCAGUUCUACCAGGUCCUACCACCCUCUUCCAGAAGGACCACAUGAUUCCACCCGCCAGGGCCCUGAGCCUUGGGCGAACAAAGACGCAGCUUAGGACGUUGAAUGCUCGUUUCUCCAUGAACUGCUCGGUGGAGCCCAAGCAGUUGAACAUCCAAGUGAUUCCCACCAGUGGCACGGUGCCACCCAUGAUCCCUUACAUUUUCAAGUUUGCUGACGAUGGCUCGCUUUAUUUGUCCGGUCCGGCUGACAGCAGCAUGCGCCGUGCUACCAGCUUCGGAGGC